AUGACAAGAGCUAAUGAAGCCACUCCAAUUCCAGAGGAUUCAACUCCUAAGAGCAAGAAAACCCAGCAACCAGCAUGGAACACUGAACAAAAUUUGGUGCUAAUUAGUGGGUGGAUUAAAUAUGGAACAUGCAGUGUUGUCGGGAGAAACCAGACAGAUAAAGCAUAUUGGGGUAAAAUUGCUGAGUAUUGUAAUGAGCAUUACUCAUUCGAUUCUGCGCUCGAUGUAAUUGCAUGCCAAAACCGUUUUAAUUAUAUGAGCAAAAUACCGAAUAAAUGGAUUGGCGCUUAUGAAGGUGCUAAACGUUUGCAAGGAAGUGCUUGGUCAGAUACUAAUGUUUUGGCAAAAGCGCAAGAAUUAUAUGCAUGUGGGAAGAAUGUUCAAUUUACUUUAAUGGAAGAAUGA